CUCUCUCUGCUGUUUAUUAUUCUCUCUCUUUCGAUAUCCUCUUCGCCCAGCCGACAAAAAUAAAUGAAAAACAAAACGGAGAAAUCGGACCUGAGUCGGUAAUGGGAGAGUAGAGGUUUUAUCUUUUUUAUUUGUUUGCUGUUAAGUUUCCAAAAUUUGAUUUUGCCUUACUUCAUUGGGAUGGAAUUGGUGGGUUGUGGGGGCGGUGGAUUCGGCCGGGGGACAGCGGUCGAGGUGGCCGCGCGCUCUCGUGGGUUCCAGGCCGCCUCCUACUGCCGUUGCGGUCCCCGACGAGUGAUGGCCGAAUGCGGGGUCCCUAGACGCUUCUCCUCUUCGUCCUCUUCUUAUUACUCUCGAGUGAGUGAGUGAGUCGUUUGGGGGUUUGGGAGAUGGGGUUUUGGUCCGAGAGCUUUUGCUUGUGCAACUCUUCCAAGGGGCUUCGCCCUUGACAUCCCACUCCACUUGCUUCCUUUUCUUCUCCUUCCCCUCCUCCUAGGUUUUGCCAACGAGAAAAAAAUAAAGAGAAAGAGAAAGAAGAGUCGGUUUUGCAAUUAUUUAUGGGUUUCAGAGAGGUGAGCUGCUUCUGGAGCUAUAAAGAUGUCGCCUUGGAUGGGGAUUGAUGCGAGUGAAGUCGGCUCCGUGUUUGGGAUCGGGAUUGGAACGUUGGAGUUGAAUUCUCUUUUUCUUUCCUCGGGCUCUUCUUUGAGUUAAGAAGAAAGGGCCUUUUUUUCUUUUCUUAUCCCUCUCAAUUUGGGAUUUGGAGCUAUUUAGUUCGCUGGCGGAAGGUAGCUCCUGUCCUGCGGUCAGAUAAUUAGAUGGGCCAUUUCUUGAAACUAUGAUUGUUGGAUUUUUUGGAUCUCUUUUGCUUCUAUAAGGGUGCUUUUCUUCUUCUUCUUUUUUUUUAGAAGUUUUCCUUUCGGAGUAAAGAUCUAUCGGAUCAGUAAGUCGGUUUGCAAGCCGGGCUGGCUCUAUCAAACUUUGAAGUUUAGAGACAUCAGAUAUUAGAGCUUUUGAUCGGUGUCGUGUAUGUCUUUUACUCUCUUCUGGUCUCCGCCCUCUUAUUUGUGACGGGCGAAGUCUGGUUCCUCACCUGUUAUUUUCUCUUCUCUGCUUUUGGUUGAUGCCGGGCUCUCCGAGCAUUCCCCAACCAACGCAGUAUAGGAUAGAAUCUCGUGCAUCCCAGUGAAGAAGAGUUGUGUGUUUUAGAAGCCUAGAGGAAGUAAGUGCAAGGAGAGUUCCCAUCCCAGAAACAAGGGUCUUUCUUCUUGAUUUCGUGUCGUCCUGUUCUUAUCUAUGCACAAAACAUCACCUUGUUGAGAGGAGGCCUAGUGUUCUAGAUUUAUCAGCAGGGUCGCAGAGAUGUCUUCGUCCAGGCCUGCACAGUCUUCCACCAGUUCUAGCAGAAGUAGACACAGUGCGAGGAUAAUAGCCCAGACCACUGUGGAUGCGAAGCUGGAUGCGGAGUUCGAAGAACAUGGCGAUUCUUUUGAUUACUCGCAGUCGGUUCGUGCACACCAAGCAUCGGAUCCCGAACACCAGCGGUCCGAGAAGGUUACGGCUUACCUGCAGCAUAUCCAGAAAGGGAAGCUAAUUCAGCCCUUCGGAUGCUUGUUAGCUCUUGAUGAGAAGACCUUUAAGGUCAUUGCCUACAGCGAGAAUGCUCCGGAGAUUCUCACCAUGGUCAGCCAUGCAGUGCCGAGUGUCGGCGACCACCCGACCCUCGGCAUCGGCACCGAUGCGAGGACCCUCUUCACUUCCCCCAGCACCGCGGCGCUGCAGAAGGCGUUAGGCUUUCCCGAGGUUUCUCUGCUGAAUCCGAUUCUCGUCCACUGCAAAACCUCUGGUAAGCCCUUCUAUGCUAUUGUGCACAGGGUCACCGCUUGUUUGAUCGUAGAUUUCGAACCGGUAAAGCCUAGCGAGGUGCCUAUGACUGCUGCCGGGGCUCUCCAAUCAUACAAGCUCGCUGCCAAGGCUAUAUCGAAGCUUCAAUCGCUGCCUGGCGGGAGCAUGGAGAAGCUAUGCCACACUGUUGUAGAAGAGGUCUUUGAGCUUACAGGGUAUGACAGGGUCAUGGCUUACAAGUUCCAUGAGGACGAUCAUGGUGAAGUCUUCGCAGAGAUCACAAAGCCAGGCCUCGAACCUUAUCUGGGGUUGCAUUAUCCUGCUACGGACAUUCCUCAAGCUGCCAGAUUUCUUUUCAUGAAGAGCAAGGUACGAAUGAUAUGCGACUGCCGAGCAAAGCCUGUGAAGGUGUACCAAGACGAAAAGCUCCCCUUUGAUAUUACCUUCUGCGGUUCCACCCUCAGAGCUCCGCACAGCUGCCACUUGCAGUACAUGGAGAACAUGAAUUCCAUCGCUUCGCUAGUUAUGGCAGUGGUGGUGAAUGAAGGUGAAGCAGAUGAUGAUGCGGAGCCGGGACAGCAGCAGCAGAAAAGGAAGAGGCUUUGGGGGCUUGUGGUCUGCCAUCAUGAGAGCCCGAGGUUCGUCCCUUUCCCCUUACGAUAUGCCUGUGAGUUUCUGAUGCAAGUGUUUGCCAUCCAUGUCAACAAGGAGCACGAGUUAGAGAAUCAGAUGCGUGAGAAGAACAUCUUACGAACCCAGACACUAUUGUGCGAUAUGCUGCUUCGAGAAGCUGCUCCUCUGAGCAUUAUAUCUCAGACUCCCAAUGUCAUGGACCUGGUUAGAUGCGAUGGUGCUGCCCUUCUGUACCAGAAUAAGAUUUGGCGACUGGGAGUGACUCCAACCGAAUCCCAGAUACGCGACAUCGCCUACUGGCUCUCGGAGUGUCACAUGGAUUCUACUGGCUUAAGUACUGAUAGCCUACAUGAUGCUGGAUACCCGGGUGCUCAAGCUCUUGGUGACAUAGUUUGCGGAAUGGCUGCCGCUAGGAUAACUUCCAAGGACAUCCUUUUCUGGUUCAGGUCACAUACUGCUGCUGAAAUUAGAUGGGGAGGUGCAAAGCAUGACCCUUUUGAUAAGGAUGAUGGCAGGCGAAUGCACCCAAGAUCCUCAUUCAAAGCUUUCCUUGAAGUUGUCAAGAUGAGAGGUUUGCCUUGGAAUGACUAUGAGAUGGAUGCGAUUCACUCAUUGCAGCUAAUACUUAGAGGAACUUUCAAUGAUACUGAGAGUGGGAGCAGAAAUGCUGCCACGCUGGACUCCCAGCUCCAUGACCUUAAACUUGAAGGGAUGGUGGAGCUGCAAGCAGUUACAAAUGAAAUGGUCCGUUUGAUCGAGACAGCUACGGUGCCGAUCUUAGCAGUGGAUGUCAAUGGGCUCGUAAAUGGGUGGAAUCUCAAAAUUGCUCAACUGACUGGUCUAUCAGUCGACCAAGCCAUAGGCAGAGAUUUGCUCACCCUUGUCGAAGACUGUUCCACUGAUGCUGUCAAGAAGAUGCUUUACUUGGCAUUGCAGGGAAAAGAAGAGCAAAAUGUGCAAUUUCAGAUGAAGACUCAUGGCCCUCGCAUGGAGGAUGGUCCUGUCAUCUUAGUCGUGAAUGCUUGUGCCAGCCGUGACAUCAAUGAUCAGGUUGUUGGGGUGUGUUUUGUGGCACAAGAUAUGACUGGUCACAAAAUGGUGAUGGACAAGUUUACCCAGAUUGAAGGAGAUUACAAAGCCAUAAUCCAGAACCCCAGCCCCCUGAUCCCUCCUAUAUUUGGUGCAGAUGAAUUUGGCUGGUGUUCUGAGUGGAAUGCAGCCAUGACCAAGUUGUCUGGAUGGCAGAGAGAUGAAGUGAUAGAUAAGAUGCUCUUGGGCGAGGUCUUUGGAGGUCCCAUGGCUUGCUGUCGUCUGAAGAACCAAAAUGCAUUUGUAAAUCUCAGCGUUGUAAUCAACAAUGCAAUGACGGGUCAAGAAACCGAGAAGACUCCAUUUAGUUUUAUCAACCGUGACGGUAAGCAUGUGGAGUGCCUAUUAUCAGUGAGCAAGAAGGUGGGCACAGAGGGCGUGGUCACUGGAGUCUUCUGCUUCCUUCAUAUCGCCAGUCAUGAGCUGCAACAGGCGCUCCAGGUGCAGCAACUAUCAGAGCAAACAGCAAUGAAGCGAUUGAAGGCUUUGGCAUAUAUAAGACAUGAGAUUAGAAAUCCUCUUUCAGGUAUUAAGUAUUCUAGGAAAAUGCUGGAAGGCACUGAUUUGGAUGAACAACAGACACAAGUUCUCAGUACUGCAGCAAAGUGUCACCAUCAGCUUAAUAGGAUUCUCGAUGACUUGGACCUAGAGAACAUCAUGGACAGUUGCCUGGAUCUGGAAAUGGAUGAGUUUGCUCUGCAUGAUGUCGUGGUUAGUGCUGUAAGUCAAGUCAUGAUUCCCAGCCAGGGGAAGGGAAUUAGGAUAAUCUGUGAUUUAUCUGAAGGAUUCAUGACGGAAGUAGUUUAUGGUGACAAUCUUAGGCUUCAACAAAUUCUUGCUGACUUUUUGCUUGUAUCUGUGAACUUCUCUCCUAAUGGAGGCCAUGUUGAAAUUACUGCUAGUCUGAUAAAAGAUCAGUUGGGAGAAAGUCUCCAUCUCAUACAUCUUGAGCUCAGGUAAACAAAAAGCUAUUUAAUGUAUCUUAGUGCUUUUUAAGCAAGGAACAGAGCCUAUCUUCAUAUUUGUACAGUCUUUGCAGCUUAUUCUAGUACUCCCUCAAACAUAAAUGUCAAAGCAUUGCUUAUGGUACAAUGUAGAGAAGGAAAACAAGGCUGAAUUUUUCUGGCUCGGUUUUCUGGUGGGGGGGUGUCAGUGGGGGUGCAAAACUGUAUUGAAAUUUAAGGGGCACAUAAGCCUAAGUGGAAGAGCUAGUGUGGUUGAUGCAUGUUACUGAAGUAGAUGCCGUAGUCCUGAAGCAUUAUGGUCAGAGUGGCUUCUAUAUACCUACAGAGAUUUACAUUUGUCAGCUUCUAUACUAGUUUUGUACUGUUAAAGUAUGUUAGAUGGUAGAAAAUAUGAUAACUCCACUAAAAAACUCAUAUGGAAUGUGGAGAGAUUAAUAGCCUAGGUUGUAAGUUAUUUCCUGAAGUUACGAGAAGUAUGACUUUGAAGAAAUUUUUUGUAAUUCUAUAGAGAUAAAUUCAUUUUA